CAGAGGGACGUGCUGCUGCUUGUGUCCAGCUCCCCCCAGUCAGCUCUGCAGUGGAUUAGUCAGGUGCAUUUAUUUAAAGAAGAGAGCACAGAGGCACGCAGGAGUCACAUCAUGCAGCGCAUCUACACACACAGCAAUGAGCAUUUCCAGGUCUUUACCACAGUCCUCGCCCCACAAGGGAGGUUUCGGUACAGAGCUGAAGCUGAAAAGAUGGUGGUGGUGCACAGCUACAGACCCCACUGGCCCGACGAGCUGGCUCUGUCUCCGGGUGACAUCAUCCUGGUUCUGUCCAAACACGAGGAGGAGAGGUGGUUCGGGCGGCUGCAGGACGGACAGUGGGGCUACUUCCCUUCCUCCUGUGUGAUGGAGCUGAGCCAGGCCCGUCUGCCUCCUAAAGGUCCAGGGAGGAGUUUGUCUCAGAGGAUCACGGCGAAGGACGGCGAACGCAAUAGUGGACACAUUCUGCAGACCCUCAGGAGGGGGAGCAGAAGAGAGGGAGGAGCGGGGCUGGACGUGGGCCAGGCCCCCUUCCUGGUUCAGCGGCCCCAGAACUCUUUGCCCCAGCCCGUGACCUCCCACCAUCAGAUACACAGAUCUCCGAGUUUGCUACACAGGAUCUUGUCCAAGUGCCGAAAAAAGAGCGAAUGCCAGGGAACAACAAAUGGGGCUUUCAUAAGCGACUGAGCAGCUCCUUUCCUGCGUGGAUCAGCAGUUUUGUUAGUAGGGAACAUAAAAAAUAUGUCUUAACCACCCAUAUGUGCCACUUUGCUCUGCUACAUUUCAGGAAAGGAACAAGAAGAAUGUAAAAGUUUAGAUCUUUUAAAUAAUUUUAAGAAAAUGUAUUAUUUAUUGUAACUGAAGUUUGGAGAAGAGUUGAAUGGUAGAUGGUGGCUAGUCCUUGUAAACACAAGUGUAAUAUAAAACUAAAAGCACUGUAAAGGUUUAUAAAGCAACGUUUGCAUGAACUGAUAUGAAAUUAUUGAGAUUGGAGCUAUUUGAAGAAUCCAAAAUGGUCUUUUCCUGUCAAAGUAAACUCUGUGUCUCCAAUAUGAUGUGAGAUGUUACUUGGAGACACACUUCCAUGAUCUGAUGAGAUUCAAACCAUAGUAAUUAUAUUUGUAACAACCUAGCAUUAAAAAGCUAACUGUACUGUUGCAGGGGCGGAUCUAGGAUUUUUCUGGGGAUGGGCUCAUCAAGGGGCCCCAAUGUUAACGGAGGGGCCAAGUAUUAGUCCAACAUCCUUACACAAGCUUUCACGCUGGAAAUUCUUAUUUGGCUCAUUAGCGCCACUAGUGUUUGGAUUUGGAAUUGUACCCACCAAUAAUCUCUCAGAUUUCAGAAGGGGCCAGUGCCCCCAUGGCCCUGCCCCUAGAGCUGCCAAUGUAUAGUAACUAAAUUUCAUGUACUAAUCUGAUGUACUUUUCAAUAGUAUUGAUGCUUGUUCUUUAUUAGUAAUAAUAUUUAUGUCACACAAUAAAGAUCAAAUGUGUCCUGACUAACAA